AUGUAUUUGAAACGAGGUUACUCUCCAUCACCGGAUGAUCUACCAGGAGUGAAACCACAUAUUAUUUUUGGUAAUCUUAUUAAUUCCGGUAUAUUGACGAGAAAAUCAACAUUUCAUCAAGUCUUGCUCGAUUAUCAACGUCGUUUUGGAGAUAAAUUCCAGUAUUGGUUCGGUUCGUAUCGAUGUUUAGUUUUUUGUCGAAAAGAACAUGCUCAAAUAAUAUUUGCCGAUCGUCAUACUUUCGAACAAUCGCCAUUAUUUGUUCCAAAUUUCGAUCUUCUUUGCCCAAAUGGAAUUAUAAUGCUAACUGGUGCUAAAUGGAAACGACAUAUGCGAGUUCUAUUACCCAUGCUCAAACGAGCAAAGAUGAUUGGUCAUUUGGAGACGAUUGUUCGAUGUGCUGAUCGUUUUAUUGAUGAAAAUCUGCAUCCUGGUCAAGUUCAUCGAGAUCUGAUUUCAUGCUGUCAAUCAUUUACGAUAAAUGUUAUCGGAUUAAUUGGAUUCGACUACGAUUUCGAUAUUCAUGUUAAUUCACUAAUAAAAAAAGCUUUUCAUGAUUUCAUGUUCUAUGCCAUAUUGCUAAUGACGACACUGUGGGUGCCUCGAUGGUUAUGGAAAAUGUAUUUCCGAUGUAAUUGGAAAUAUCAACGAGCCUAUCGAUUGCUUCAUGAAUUGGCAGAGAAACUAGUCGAAGAAGAGCAAAACAAACAAAGUGAAAACGAAAAUCAACGACCGAAGAAUCUUAUAGCUUCAUUGGUGUCGUCGUUGAAUGAACAAGCCAAUGAUGAACAUGCUUCAUCUGGUCUAACACGUGCAGAGCUGUUCGACGAAGUUUUGAUGAUGAUUCUAGCUGGUUAUGAAACGACAUCAACUGCUCUAUCAUGGUUCAUAUUUUUCGCAAGUAAAAAUCCUCGAGUGCAGCAACGGAUGAAAGACGAAUUGCGUGAACACCAUCUUUUAAUGCCCGAUAAUCUCAAAUGUAUACCUCCCCUUACGCCAGACAAUUUAACUUCACUAUCCUAUUGUGAAUGUGUGACGAAAGAGGUGUUACGUUUGGCUCCUGUUGCUGCGCUCACAACUCGUAUAGCUACUUGUGACACUAUCGUUGACGAUGUGAAAAUUCGUCAAGGACAAACUGUUUUUAUUGCUUUAAAUAACAUUAAUACUGAUGCUCGCUAUUGGCAUCAUGCAGAUCCUCAACAAUUUGUACCGGAAAGAUUUUUAGCUGAAGAUCAAAAUCAUCAUCCAUUAGCGAUGAUUUCAUUUGGUGGUGGACAUCGGGCGUGCAUUGGACAAGAAUUAGCUUGGCUUGAGUUGAAAACGAUCAUUGUUCGAAUGAUGCAACGUGGUAUCACAUUCGAAGAUACACCGGAAAAUACAGGCGGUUAUGACGAACGCAUUACAUGUUUUCCGAAAACAUUGGCAGUGCGUGUGCGAUUCGAUUGA